AUGCGUCUUCAGAUUCUUGCCAGCGCUCUUGCGCUCAGCGGUUCCGCCGCCGCUUUCUCAGACUCAUGGCCAUUGGUUAUGUUUUCUACCUCCAAGUUUUCCGAUGCACCCAGCAACAACCACAUCCAGACGCGAUCCCAAGCUCUCGAGCAAGUUCAGGACCUCUUGACUUCAUGUCCGACCGAUAAUUACGUCCUGAUCGCUCAUGAGGGUGUCAAUGCCGCUGAUCUUCGACGACCGAACUCCAUGUCCAAUCUUCACCAUGCUAUCGGCCGCAAGGAAAUCCAGGGCAAGUUUAUUGUCCCUGAGGUUGUUGGCGAGUCCAUCGAUGCGGCUGCGAUCCAGGACUACAUUAAGAGGGCGUGUUACGAGCAGGCAAAGAAGGUGAAGCCUCACUUCACCCUAAUCAAGGCUUCCACGAACGAGGAAGAAGCUAUCAAGCAGUGGGAGGAGAGCGAGCAAGGGUUGAACGAUUCAUACACUGUCCUUUUCGUUGGCACGCCAUCCACUAAGGCGAAGACGGCCACAUCCAAGUCCGAGAAGACCAUCUACGAGCCCGAAUUCAUCGAGCCUCUGCAUAUGGACUUGAAGCGCGAUGUCUCAGGUAAUGCGGAGAAGCCUGGCAACGCCACACGCGAUACCCGUGGUCUAUUUGAGAAGUACCAGUUCUUUACUCCUGGUAUCUUCAUGGGAAUCAUCGCUGCCAUUGUGCUGUUCUCCCUGCUUGGCGUUGGUCUGCGGGCUCUGGCUAGCCUCGAGGUCUCCUACGGCGCUUUUGAGAAGGACAUGGGCCCCGCUGCUCAAAAGAAGCAGCAGUAA